AAAUAAAGCAAGUAGAUUGCGCAAUAUCCAGACUUAUUACCAAAAGCCUUCAAUGAGCGAAUAGGAAAUGCCGCGAGCGCUGUUUAUUGCGGCCAGCAACGCUGGCGUGGAGGGAUGGAUUGCCUCGCUUGCGGCUGCUGGCGCACCUGUGAAGCAUAUAGCCGCUUGGGCGGGUCCUGGGGAGCUCGGGCGUCGGCAUACCAGCGCUGUGAAUUCGGACCCGUUCCUGCUGGGCCCUGGCGUUUCGCUCGAGGCGCAGCUGGCGCAGCAGCUCGGCUGCGGUGCGAGCUCGGACGCGCUGCUGGUAGUGUCGGUGGAGCCCGCCUCGCAGCCGCUGCUGCCGCGCGCGGGCGUAGUGCUGCUGGUGUGGCAGCCCCAGGUCCCCAGUCAGGUGCUGGACCAGGUGCAGCAAGCGCUCGCCGCGGCGCCCUGCCUGCUCGCUGACGGCGCGGCCGCCGUGCGCGGGCUGCUGCUGGUGGACGCGUCGCCCAGCAUCACGCUGUCUGUCACGCACAAGGUGCUGGAGGGCGCUGGCCUGGCCGCGCUGGCGCGGAAGCCCACAGUGCUGGCUUCCCGCGCUAGCGCCUCGCCGCAGGCCGCGCUGCAGGCUCUGCAGCAGCUCGCCGAGCCGCUGCCGCCUGCGCCCGCGCCACAGCCGGCGCUUCCAGCCUCCGCGGGCAGCGUGGUGCGCAUCGCGGUCGCGCGCGACGACGCGUUCGGCCCGGCCUUCCAUGAGAACCUGACCCUGCUGAGCCAGGCCGGCGCGCAGCUGCUGUUCUUCUCCCCCCUCUACGACACCACGCUGCCCGCCGGCGCCACCUGCCUGUACCUCAGUAGCGGCGGCGCGCUGGAGCCGGAGCGGUGGCAGCAGCUGGCGGCCAACCGGCCGCUGCUGGCUGCAGUGCGCGCGUUCGCGGACGUGGGCGGCAUGGUGCUUGCGGAGGGCAGCGGCCUACUGUACCUGUCCCGCACAGUGGAGCUGCAGGAGGAUGACGGCGGCCACCACCACCGAGCGCACGAGAUGGCCGGCGUGCUGCCGUUCAAGACGCGGCUGCUGCCGGAGCCGCAGUCGGCGGCGGUGCAGUUGUCGGUGCUGCCGGGCAACCCGCUGCUGCCGCCCGGCGCGAGGCCGCGCGGCUACCUGUUCGCGGAGGCCAGCCUGGUGCUGGUGGAGGAGCGGCAGCUGCAGGGGCUGGGGCUGGGCGGGCUGGGCUCGACACCGGGCAAGGGCGGCGCCGGCGGCAGCCACUUCGCCACCACCUACGAGGCGGUGGUGGUGUCGCCGGGCAAGGGCGGUGAGCGCGAGGAGACGGCGCCGGCGGCGGAGGGCUACACGGUGCAGAACGUGCUGGGCAGCGCGUGCCUGCUGUACCUGCCCAGCGAGCCCGGGCUGGCGGCGCACAUGCUGCGGCGCUGUGCGUGCGUGGACCCGGCGGCGCUGGCUGCGGGCAUGGCCACGCACCUGGGCUGCAGCAUGUCGGCGGUGAGCAGCAGCAAGAUGCAGCUGCACGCGGCGGCGCUGGCAUCCAAGGACGGCAGCCGCGCCGGCAGCCGGCGGCAGAGCAUCCAGGAUGUGUCGGCCUGGGGCGCCACGUUCAGCAGCGGCACAGGCGGCGACCGCAGCGGCACCAGCACGGCGAGCGGCAUGGGCGGCCACGGGCCUGUGCAUGGGCACUACCCGCCGCACGUCCACUCCCACCAGCACCACGCCUCGCUGCCGAUGCAGCCCGUGGCGGGCAGCGGUACCACUGCGGCAAACAGCGCCACCUCGCCGCACGUGACGGGAGCGCCGCCGCUGCCCCACAGCAGCAGCAGCACGUCGCUGUCGAACUCCGGCUGGGUGCCUCCCGGCGUGCGCCGCAGCCUUUGCGGCCCGCUGGCACUACAGGGCGGUAUGCAGCACGUGCAGUCGCAGCCGGAGGCGGCAGCGGCGGCGGCAGCGCAGACCGGCGGCGCCUGGCGGCCGUCGCAUGACGGGCCCUACUCGGUAGGCCAAUCCAACCUUGCCCGGCAACAGGUGCUACUGCAGCAGCACCUUGCCGGCGUCACGCCGGCGGGCAGCACUGCCAGCAUGUCGCCCUGCUCAACCUCGACUGCGGCGACGUCGGUGUUCGCGGCGCCGCCGCGCCCCGAGACGCCGGAGCCGCUGGUCGCCGCCGCCGCAGCCUCCUCAGCCAUGAUGGACUUGGAUGUGCCGCACCCGCCGGCUCCUGCGUGUGCCGACGUUGCCGGCGGCAUGUCGUGCGGCCUGGGCUCCGCGUGCGGGCGCUGCCGCAGCGAGCAGCUGCCCACGGUGCUGGAGCGCAGCGGCAGUUUCAACGGCCACCCCGCGCCGCCGGUCGGCGCGUCGGCGGACGGCACCGCCUGCGGUGCCGGCACCAUCAUGCACCACGCCGCCAGCGCCGGCUCACUCGCGACCGCGCACGCCAGCACGUCGGGCUGCGGCGGCGCGGAGCUGUCGGCGCAAGGCUACGGCCGCGGCGCCGCCGGUCCCGACGACUGGAGCAGCAGCGGCGUGAGCGCCUCUGGCUGGCCCAUGUACGGCCACCGGCAUGGCAGCAUGCCCAUGCUCGCCUCGCUCGCCAACGCGGGCGGCGCGCCGUCGCACGCGCACAGCAGCGGCGUGGUGUGCUGUGCGCCCGGCGCCACCGAGGCGCUGGUGGCCAUGGGCCUGGGCAACCGGCUGGCGGGCAUCGGCAGCGACUGCGACCACCCGCCGGACGUGUGCACCAGCCGCCGCGUGGUGCUGGCCUGGGUGGCGCCGGAGGAGGCGCCACAGGGCGCCGCGGCGCGCGGCAUCCGCGUCAUCCAGCCAGCUGCUUUGGGUGCAGCGGCGGCGGCGGCGGCGCAGGGCGCCGGCGGAGGCUUCCUGGCGGCGGCGGCGGGCGGCCGCGCGGGACGGCCGUCGGUGGACAAGUCGGGGCCGGGCGCUCGCGGCGGCUGCGGGCGCGUGCUGCUGGUGGACGAGCUGUCGCUGCGGCAGGAGCCGCCGGGCGUGCUGGUGCUGCCCGACCCGUGCGACCUGUCGGACUCGGAGCGGCUGCAGCUGGAGCAGGCGCUGGUUGAGACGGGACUGCUGCAGCCAGGCGGCGCGCCGGGCGGCGCCUGUGCGGUGCUGCACGCCAGCUGCCGCAGCCUGGUGGACGUGAUGGAGCUCAUGCUGGAGCUGGGGGCGGCGGCGGGCGAGCCCGACAAGGCCUCCAUGCUGCUGGAGCGGCUGCAGGCGAGGAUGCGGCGGGUGGCGGCCGCCGUGGCCGCCGCGACGCUGGCGGGCGGCGGCGCAAAUGGCGGUGUGGGAGGCGGCGUUGUGGGCCAAGCAGGUUUGGGGCGGCUGCCUGGUGGCGUGGCGAGCUCAAUGGCGCUGGCGGCCGCGGCCGCUGCGGCGGCCGCGGUGUCGCCGGUGGCGGGCGCCAUGCCGCCGCUCCUGCCAGGCGGCCGGCCGCGGCGUGUGCUGGUGCUGCAGUCGUUGAUGCCCAUGGUGGAGCCCGGCAGGUGGGUGCCUGAGAUGCUGGCGGUGGCCGGCGCCUCCUCCUGCCUGGCCGUGCCCGGCGGCGACGACGUGGCGCUGUCCUGGCAGGACGUGCGGGAGCGUGCCGCGCCCGACGUCAUCAUCAUCCUCACAUCGCCCGGAGACGGCGCGGGCGUAGGCGGCUGCUGCGUUGUGCCAAGCCACCACGCGCAUCCCAGCGCCGGGCCGCACGCCGGCGGCGCGGGCGCGCCGCACAGCCACGCCAGCUGCGCCGGCGGCGCCGGCGGCGCGGGCGGCAGCCUGAAGGAGCACCUGGCGGCGCUGGCGGCGCAGCCGGGCUGGUGGUGCCUGCCGGCGGUGCGCAACAGCCAGGUGUACCUCAUGCAGGCCGCGUACUGCGUGCGGGCGGGGCCGCGCGUGGUGGAUGGCGUGGAGCUGCUGGCGCGGCUGCUGCUGCCGCCGGGCUGCUUCGCCAGCGGCCGCAAGGUCCCGCCCGGCGUGGUGAUGAAGCUGUCGCUGACGCCAGGGCAGCGCUGCCGCGCGACGCUGCUGCCCACAUACUUUGUACCGUACAACCCUUGAUCCGGGCUGCGCUUGGGACUUGAGCAUGUGCAACAGCGAUUGUGGUUUGAGGUGCUGAUAGCGUGGGGUAAUGCGCGUGGGUAAUGCGUGCGUGUACCGGUAUUCUUUACGUUGGGUUUAGGAGGGACGCAGUUGCACAACCGGGCCCCUUGACGUGACCCGCAUCAUCUCGGCCCAUGACAUGCACCAGGCGCCCAGUGAUACAGCAUCCUUGCCAGCGGUCUAUCUGACCGACCGGCUCCGACCGGCAGGGGCAUGAUAGUGGAUACACCUGACAGUGCUGCAUCCGCAGGGCAUCUGACUGCCGGUGUGGUGUAGUUCUCUCCACGCGGUGUGUAGCGUUUCAUCGGUAUACCUAGUGGACUGCUUGACGGUGUAUGUAUUGCGUCUUGUAUGUGUGUGUUACCCCCUGGUAACGCUGUGAAAGAGAUCAGACAUAAGCGCCGUAGGACUGCGUGUGUUGCAGGGGCUCGAGCUGCUACAUGGGUGCAGCCACGCUUAUGUACUUCAUGAUUGAAGCACUUUGGGUAGUGACUGGCUAUUUGCGCAUAGCUGGUUUGAGGCAUAGGCGUAGUGUAAUAGGCAUGACAGGUGGAUGACGCUAAUCGCGCGCUUGUUUGGCGAGGAGGUGGCUGUCUGGUGCACACGUGUGGGACACAAGGGCCUUGGGGUUGGAUUGUGUGUCGCGAGUUAGACGCGACACGAUAAGUAGACAAGAGUUUUGCAGGCCAAGGAAGUAUGCGAAAGUUUGUAUAGGUGCUGUAACCGAGAAACAUA